AUGUCUUCGCUCUUUGGCGCUCUCUCAGGUGCGCUAAGCGCUGCCCAAAAGGUCGUCUCUGGCUCGCAGCCCCACACACGUUCGCUCCAAAAAGAGGUGAGGACUUGGCUACAUGCCGGGGGUGGGCAUACGCAAUUGUAGUCGACAUUGCCGGGCGGCUGACCCGAUCGAAAUUGCGCAGAUCCGUAUCAAAAGCUUGCACUUGCACCCCAUCAAGUCGUGCGCGGGCAGCAGCGUUGCGGAAGGUGAGGAUACCUGUCUCGUCGCUGCUCCUACCAAGGUUCUGCUUUGCUGACACCUCUUCUCGGGCUCGGCAUCGCCAGCGGAGAUCACGCAAGAAGGCUUCAAGUAUGAUCGCACGUGGCUCAUCAUCGAUGCAAAGGAUAAGAAGUUCUGCACCGCUCGAGGCACACCGCAUAUCGUUCGCAUCAAGCCCACGAUCGACUUGCAGAGGGGAGUGCUGGUCAUCGAGGUGCCAGCGUCGAGGGAGGAGCAAGCAGAUGCGGAAAGCACGACUCUGGAGGUGCCUUUGGACCCAUCGAACGAGGAGCUGAGCAGGGCGGAGCUAGUGUCGGAUGUUGAGAUCUGGUAAGUUUGUGCUGCGGCGGUGCAGGUAUGGAUGUCCUGCUCGACGGCAAAGCUAAUGCUCCAAACGCUCUACGAGCACCAGGGGUUUCCUUGCGGAUGGAUAUGCAGUCUCGAAAGAAGCAGAUGAUGCGCUCAGCAAAUUCAUGGGCAAACCUGUCAGGCUGGUGCGAAAAGGUCCAAAGGUGCGGCCAGGUGGGCUCGAUGACCCCCGUGGCGAGGAGUCCAAGACCAGCUUCCAGGACUUUCACUCGCUGACUGUGGCGUCAGCAGAGUCAUUGCAACACGUUCAAAAGACGCUCGUGGCUAGCGUAUAUCCAGAGACAGCUCAAGCAGGGGACAUGAAAGUUGUAAAUACUGCAGUCGAAAGCUUCACUGUGCCAGGCAGCCUAAACAGAGAGUUCUGGACCGGUGAGUAUAUCAACCUCGCGCCUGCGUAGCAUCGAGCUCACAGCAACUCUCCACGCGAACGCAGAGGAACGUUUGUCGAGAUUCCCGAUCGAACGCUUUCGCAUCAACAUUAUCCUCGAGUCUGCUGGCAACAACAAGCUUGAGCCAUGGGAGGAAGAUGGUUUCAAGAGGAUCGAAGUUUUCCCGGCUUCGCAGGCCUCUCACGCACCCUUUGGCCCAGACGCGCGUGGCAAUGGCGUCGGCAUUCACGUCAACGCCAAAUGCGGACGAUGCCUCGUCCCUUCAGUCGAUCUGAACACUGUGAGUGCCGAUGGAGUCAUGUCUCGCAAUGGUGCUCAUGACGUGUCACACUCUAUCGGGCCAGGGCAAGAGAGAUCCGCACAUUCCUUAUCUCGUGUUGCAAAAGUUCAGGCAGGUGCAGCCCGAGCUGAAAAAGGUGGGCAAACCGUGCUGUGAGUGACCGUCGCGUAUGCCAGUGUUUGCGCCUCGAGCAUGUUGAUCUCAACUUCUGCCUCUUCGCUCGGCCAGUCGGAGUGCUCUCCGCUCCAGCACAGAACACCGGCUCCCUUCGAGUGGGAGAUGUGGUUCGUGUUGUGAGCACAGUGGACCCUGACACCCGACCCCUCACGAAGUGA